AUGGCGGCGACGGUGAACAUGGUGAAGGCGGUGUUGCUGCUCUUGCUCGUGAUACAGAUCUCCAGCGUGCUCGCCGCCGCGGCGAGGCCGUUCGUGGGGGACGACGGCCGGUGGUUGGAGAACGGGAUCGGGAUGGUGACACAGAUGCUCGGCGGCGUCAAGCAGUCAGGGUCCAGCGGCCGCACGCACUGCUGCUGA